CCCAUUUCCCCCAAGCAAUCCGUUUGCUUCUGUCAAACCCGCCCGGCCCCUCCUUUCCCUCCGGGUUUCAGCGCGGCCGCGGGAAGGCGGAGAUUGGGGAGGCAAGCUCGGGCAUUGAGAGGGUGGGGUUUCCCGGCGUUUCUCUCCGUGGGGCUGCAAACCAGGCAGCUGCUGGAUCUCCCCUUCUCCGGCUUUCUGAAAGAGCCGAGACCUGCAAGCGGGGGCACAAGCACCAGGUCCUGCCCAGAUCUUGCGCCGUCGCCCGCACCGAUCUCUUCUUCACACAGACACACACACCCAGAGCCCCGUGGCUGCCCGUCUCCCUCCGGCUGCAUGUCCAGCCUGCAGCGCCCGGCGGCUACUUCUGCCCAGGCCCAGCCCGUCUCCCUAACCGCGGAGCAGGCUAAAGUGGUUCUGGCUGAAGUAAUCAAAGCAUUUGGUUCGCCAGAAAAUGCCCAGCGAAUGGAGGAGGCCAGGGACAACGCCUGCAACGACAUGGGCAAGAUGCUCCAGUUCCUGCUGCCUGUGGCUACUCAGAUCCAACAGGAUGUGAUCAAAGCCUAUGGAUUCAGUAACGAUGGGGAAGGAGUCCUGAAGUUUGCCCGCUUGAUAAAAUCUUAUGAAUCCCAAGAUCCCGAAAUUGCAAGUAUGUCUGGAAAGCUAAAAUCCAUGUUUCUGCCUCCAAUGACGCUGCCACCACAUGGGACAGGGACAGGGGGUGUCCCAGCAUCAUAAAAGUUUGCCUAUGUAGACUGUGUUACUGUCCUGACAGCAGUGUUCAUUGACUAGAUUCUGGGACAUUCUCUCCCCCACCCCCCAAUAGCAGCAUGGAUAACUUUUCAGCUCCCAUGCAUCUCUUUGUUUUUGGAUCUUGUGUGAUUUCUUGUUGUGCUUGUGAAUAAAAACUUUGUAAAUAUCUCUUACUGUA